CUGUAAGAUUUGUGCAAAUGGGAAGGAUCGGCACGCCACGCAUCGAGCUGUCACCUCGCCUGCCCAUGCUACCCCUGUGAACAAGCUGAAAAUUUGUCACAUGUAGACUUACAUUAGUGCUGCCACAAAAUCAUUAGGGAACUUGCAGUCGCACCUUCGUGAAGGCCACAGUGUGCCACAUUCCGCCUGUUUACUGCAGCUAGCUUCAACUGGAAAUAGAAACUGCUAGGCAGCACUCUAAGCAAUACGAUAAGACGUCGUUGGGCUUGUGGCCUGAGCCGCGGGCCUCACUCAACCUUUGAAAGCGCGAGGGCCCACGCUUCCUGUGUAAUCCGGCCAUUUACGUUCUUGUUGCGCUCUUGUCCUAUUAAAGGACGCUUGCACGGGCAGGGGCAGGGGCAGGGCGCACUGAACAGCCAGCAACAUGGGCUUCUUUGACAAGCUCUUGUCGCUGUUUGGUAUGUCGGGCAAGAAGGUCAACGUCCUAGUUGUGGGACUAGACAACAGCGGCAAGACUACGAUCAUUGAGCGGUUAAAGCCCCGGCCUAGGCAAGCAGCCGAGGUGGCUCCUACCGUUGGAUUCACCGUGGAUGAAGUGGAAAAGGGGCCACUGACCUUCACGGUGUUCGACAUGUCCGGCGCGGGGAGAUACCGGACGCUGUGGGAGCAGUACUACCGGGAAGCAGAUGCGGUGGUGUUCGUGGUCGACUCAGCGGAUAAGCUGCGCAUGGUGGUGGCUCGCGACGAAAUGGAGCACAUGCUCAAGCACUCCAACAUGCGCAAGGUGCCCAUCCUGUACUUCGCCAAUAAGAAGGACCUGCCCGUGGCAAUGCCACCCGUGGAAAUCGCCCAGGCCCUUGGCCUGGACGAUAUCAAGGAUCGGCCCUGGCAGAUUGUCCCUUCCAACGGCCUCACCGGCGAGGGCGUGGACAAGGGCAUCGACUGGCUGGCGGAGCGCCUCAGCUAGAAGGCGUUCGUGCGGGUAUUUGUGCUUUAAUGCUGGUGCGGUGUACUGUGCUAAUGAUACUGGCGGCCUGGCGUGAAUCACCUAACGAGCAUGCAAGAGGCCCAGCGUGCGCAUAUGCAUAUGCAUGGGCAGGGAAGCGCGGGUGGGCAGGUUGGCGACCCAGCAGCUCGUCCAUGCAGCGCGGCAGUAGCAUUUGCAGUGGCAGCGAACGCCUGAGCGAAGGCGAUACUCAGAGUGGCAGUCUGCACAUCGCGGCGGUGCAUGGUGAUCUGGUAAAAGCGCGCGCCGGGGGCCAUGGAGACGUUGAGACGAUUGCAGAACGCUGCAAGAGCCAAGAAGCAACGAGGGUGUUGUAUUGACGUUAUAGAGUGAGCAUGAGCACUGAUGAGGACUGAGGCAGUGUGGUGGGCUUACCAUGAAGUACGUGGUACCAGUUGGAGGGGUCGCUUAAGGCCUGCGGAAGCCUGCAGUGCACUACCCAGGCGCCGUAGCCAGACUUUUUGGCCCACAUCGGCCUGGUACUUGGGUGCGAAAUCCAAGUGAUACAACAAAUGCCGAAUGGCCGGCGGCCGCUGGUCGUGUAAGUGUGAACGGCGGGUC